AAGGUAAGGACUAAUAGGUACCAACGCAUCGCCGAUUCUACAACUGCGUUUUGAAGAAAUUGUUCAACCGACAAGACUGUUGAUUGGAUUAGGAUUCUAAGCUGGGGCCGUCUGUGUUACGAAUUACCACCUAGGAUAGCUACCAAUUAACUAAGCAUGGCCUGUCCAUGUCACAGCUGGCAAAACUUAGUCAUGACGUCAAUACCUAACCAGCACAACGCCUGAGCCAAUGUCAUUUGAUAGUGGAGUCAUCACAAAGGUGCAAGUGCUAUGUUGUUAAAACUAGGGUCAAGCCCAACUCUGUUUCACUUCGAUUCGAUUUUGACAACCCAUACCUUAAUUCGUUCCUGGAUCUCCCCUGACUCUUUCCGCCCAGUUCGAGCAUCCUCCCUGUCGGGAACUCGACCAGGACUGAUAUCCUGUGUGCAUUACACGCGGGACUAUCAACAACUUUGAAGUUUUCAACUCUUUCAGUAACAAUUCUCUCUUCUACAACACUUCCGACUCUCACGACAAUCCUAAAUGCCUCUUUUUGGUCGUAGUCGCGUAGACGGCGCUGAAGCUGGUCCAACUACUACCGGCACCCGUCGAAGUCGCCGAGAUCGUCAUGCCAACGGACAUGCCAACGACAGCAUGGCUUACCCGAUGGCCACCCGCCCAUCAUUCGGGCAGUGGCUCAAAGUCACUUGGGGUGAUAUUCUUACCAUGAUACUCCUAGGCGCCCUAGGACUUGGUGUAUACGAGGCACCUCCAGCUCCUACUCGUUCUUUCGCCGUGACUUUCUCCGACGGCGAGGUGGUCAAUCCGGAGUUUGCGCUUCCUCUGCGCAAGGAGAUCAUUCCCAUCUGGCUGGCCGCUUUCCUAGCAGCUGUUGUCCCCAUCGUCAUCAUCCUGAUCAUGCAAAUUCGCGUUCGCAGCUUUUGGGACGUCAACAACGGCAUUAUCGGGCUCCUCUACUCUUUAAUUACCGCCGCCGUCUUCCAGGUCUUUUUGAAGUGUUUGAUCGGAGGAUUGAGGCCGCAUUUCCUCGACGUCUGUAAGCCGGAUUUCUCGCUCGCGAGCAACGCCCCUGGAGUUGAGGGGUCAGGAUACAACGGCGCGGGCUACACAGGGAUAUACUUCACGAAGGAGAUUUGCACGGGCGACGAAAAGGAGAUCAACGACUCCCUCGAAUCUUUCCCGUCAGGUCACAGCACCGCGGCCUUCGCGGGCUUUAUUUACCUUGCCAUCUACCUCAAUGCCAAACUGAAGGCGUUUUCCAACUACCACCCCGCCAUGUGGAAGCUUGUCGCCAUCUACACACCUGUCCUUGGAGCUACGCUCAUUGCUGGCGCUCUAACCAUUGACGAAUUCCACAACUGGUAUGAUGUCGUUGCAGGCGCCAUCAUCGGAUCCGUCAUGGCGUUCUCCGCUUACCGCAUGUGCUACGCGUCGAUCUGGGACUGGCGUUGGAACCACGUGCCUCUGCACCGUGGACAGCCGUGUAUGUAUACAUACGAAGGCGCCGAGCUAAUGGAUGCCGUGUUCACUCGACGAGCAGGCUGGGGCCCGGGUGCGGGUACAUCGAACUGGCAUCAUGGCGGUCCUGCCACGAGUGGCCACGCUGGAGCCGGGGGGUUCGCGAGAAAACCGGUUGGCAGUGGUACGGCGAGGAGAGGUGACGAUAUGGUGUAAAAGUGUUGGAUGUUUAAUGAUUUAUGACACUAAUGCUUCGUUC